AUGCCGCCCAAAUAUUUGGAGAUGUCCUACAAUGCGGACAUGCCAAAGGACAUGAUCAAAGAGGCGCAAAAUCUUAUCAUCGAGGCCUUCGAGACGGAGUCCCUCGAGAACGCCGUAGCGACACACAUCAAGCGCGAGUUUGUGAAGAGGUACAAGGGCGUGUGGCACUGCGUCGUAGGCAAGAACUUUGGCUCCUUCGUCACGCACGAAAUGAAGGGCUACAUCUACGUAACAUGGGGACAGAUUUCGAUCCUUCUGUGGAAAACGGUGAGCUAA